UUAUCAAGAGCUAUGAUGAUCAGCGUUCUAGUCAUUUUUCAGUCACUUUACUGGAUUCAAGGAGUUGCAGGGGGAAAUGAUGUCUCUCAGCCCAGUAUGCUCUGGGCUAAACUGGGCCAAUCAGCCACAAUGAACUGCUCACACACAAAGGGUUCAAGUUACAAUCGGAUGUACUGGUUCCGUCAGUAUCAAGGAGAGAGCAUGGAGCUCAUAGUGUACAGUCCCACCUAUAGCACUCCAGAUUUUGGAAAGUUCAACCAGAGUAAAUUUUCAGUCAAUAAAACAGUUGCUGAGAGAGGCUUCUUCACAGUGAAGGAUGUGGAUUAUAAUGACAUCGCUGUGUAUCUCUGUGCUGUGAGUGAACACAGUGUUAUAACCACAGGGCAGAGCUGCUCGGCUGUUUGUGCUGUAGUAGUCCAGAAGCCUCUUGAUCUCAUAAAGGAUCAAAAUGAGUUUGCUGAGAUCAACUGUGAGCACAAUGGACAGGACUAUGACCGCAUUCUGUGGUACAAACACAGCCAGGACACUGGAUUUACAUACAUGGGGUAUCUAAAUAAUAUUUUUCCAAACCUGGAGGCAGAAUUUGGAGUGAAGAUGAAACUGAGUGGUGAUGGGAGAAACAACGGCUCUUUGACCAUAAACAGUCUUUCAGUGAGCGACAGUGCUGUAUGA